CUAAUGCUUGUAAUUGACUAGAUAUUAUCUUGCUUACUUAGCCUUGUAGGUUAGAAUUAUUAGUAUAUUUCUCUUAAUAGUCCAGUUUAAUAAAUCUCCAUGGUUAUUAAAACAGAUUUGUCAGAGAUUACUUUGGUAAUCCCAAUUAGGAUAAAAGCAGUUCAAAUAAAGUUGGUGGUUAAAGAAAAACGGAGUAAAGUUUCUAAAGUUGCUUUCUUUUUCUUUUUUCUUUUUUUAGUUGUUUCCCUUGUCAAUGUUUUGUUAUACUCUCUGUCUCUGUCUCUGUCUCUGUCUCUGUCCGUCUCUCUCUAGUCUCUCCCCUUUCACUUUGAUAUAUUUUCCUCCCCCUUUAUUCACGCCGCUCUCACUUCCAAUUUCACACUUUCUUUCUCUCAUUUUUUAGACCAAAACAAGGAAAACCAAACUCCUUACCUCAAUUCUCCAUUUUCUAACACAAUCACCACUUGCUUCGUAUUCUGUUCUGUUUCUUUCAAAGAAUUGAAAACAGAACAAGAAAGAAGAAGAAGAAGAAGAAGAAGAAAAAGAAAAUGUCUGAAUUUUCUUUAUCCACAAAAACAUCCAAGAAAAUACACUUCUCAAGUCUUCUCCUCUCGGACUUAUUCUCUUUUUGUUCUUUCAUUUUGUCUCAUCCUCUAUAUUUCUUUUAUUUCAUUUUCUUGUCUCCUUAUUUCUUCAAGAUUCUCUCGUUCCUAUCUCCUCUCUUUAUUACUACUUUCCUUUUGCUCUUAGUUCUCCUUACUGUAUCUCCAAAUCUUGUUCUUGAAAAUUGGAGCACUGAAUUGUCAGAAUCGAAAGUAAGCUUUGCACUUGGAGCAUAUCAAGCUGUUGUAGAGAAAUUGCGGUCUAAAGUAAAUGAAGAUGUGAAUCAUAAGGAGAUUAAUCAAUUUGAGGAGUUAGAAGUGUAUAAAAUUGUCUUUGAUACAUCUAAUAUUGAUUUUGGAGAACACCUAAUUGAAGAUUCUGAGCCAGAAGUUGAAAAAAACUGCUUAGCAAGCAUUGAAACACAAGUCAGUGCUAAGGUUGAAAAAAAUUCAGUUGUGAUUACAAGGCUAGAAAGUUCUGAGUCGAUAAUGGAAGAGAAAAGAUUAGGAGUCUCCAUGCAUCAAAAGAACAAGUUUGAAGAAUUCUCGCGCCAAAAGGAAGAAAAAGAAGUCAAGCCACUAAGUGAGAAUUCCAAUAAAGUUGAAGAACAGAAGGAAGAAAUGUAUAUAAGCGGAUCCAAGGCACUGAGUCAUUUACUAAGCGACAGUAAAGUAAGUGGUAAUGAUGAUGAUAACAGAGAGUACAUUUCAAGAAUGAAUUCUCAAAGAUCAGAAACAAAUUCUUGGAGUCCUGAGUACAAUUCCAAGGUUGCUGAUAAUUAUCAGACAAUGGGAUCGAAUCUUGGGAGUUUCGGAUCAAUGAGGAAAGAAAAAGAGUGGAGAAGAACAUUAGCAUGCAAGCUUUUCGAGGAGAGACACAAUGCAGAUGGAGGUGAAGGGAUGGAUUCACUUUGGGAGACAUACGAGACUGACUCCAUUAAACUGCAGGCAAAAAGCAAAUCAAAGAAAGGAAAGAAAGGGAGCAUGGAGAAUUAUUACAAUGGUGAAAAUGAGGAAGAGGAAGAAGAAGAUGAGAGUAAUGCACAACUAUGCUGCUUGCAAGCACUCAAGUUCUCAGCUGGGAAGAUGAAUUUGGGAAUGGGAAGACCUAAUCUUGUUAAGAUCUCCAAAGCCCUAAAAGGUAUUGGAUGGUUGCACAAUGUAACUAAGCAUGGAAAAAAGAGUUACUAUUAGUUUAAUUUAAUAAGAUUUUUACUUCUCUUAAUUAAAAUUAUGUGGAUUUUGUUUCAAGAAUCACAAAGUAAAUAUGUUAUAAUACUUAUAUUUUGCAUUCA